AUGGGCAAUCUCGCGAAAGAACUAUCCAUCCCAGACAAUGCCCAAGAUUUGUCGAAAAUAUUACGUUCGACGAGCACGAAACCUCAUCAAAUUGCUCAGAUAGUCUCACAACUUGAUGAAUUAGAAAUUUAUUUCCCCAACAAGGAGAUUUUUGUUUUAGAUUUACUCAUCGAUAGGCUCAAUAAUGGAAAUUUAGAUGAUUUCAAGACCAGUGAACAUACUUGGAUCAUUUUCAGCAAAUUAUUGGACGAAAUCAACGAUACAGUAUCGAUAAAGAAACUACUCAAAAAGUUGAAAGUUGUUCCUGUAAUGACAAGAACGAUCUACGUGUGGCCUAGAAACCAAUUGAUUGCCGGCAGUAUUCCUUUUAUGAAAACUUUUUUUGCCAUUCAUGACUACUUAAUGGUCAAUUUUUCUGUUGAGGAAUCUUUCCAACUCUUGGAAGAAGUGAUAAAUGGCUUAAGUCUAUGCUCAUCUGCUAAUUUUGCGUAUUCAUAUUUACAAGAUGCCUGCAAUCUAACUCGCAUUGACAAUAUCACCACAACAGACAACAAAAUUGCCACUUGUUACUGCAAGCAUAUGCUAUUACCAAGUUUGAUAUAUUUCGUGAAGAUUGAACACCCGGUAUCUUCAAACAAAUCUUUUAUUCGUUUAUCUAAUCUCAUGGGCAAAUUUCUUUUACAACCACGUGUUGAUUACAUGAAAUUGAAUGAAAAGUUUGUUCAAGAAAAUGCAUCAAAAAUUACCGAUGAUAUGGCUUACUACUAUUUUGCUACUUUCGUCGAUUUCUUAUCUAAAGACAAUUUUGUUCAGCUAGAAACUAUCUUCACAAUUCUGGCUGCCCAAAAACCAAGUUUAAAAUUCAAAUUUCUGACUCUUUUAGCAGAGUCGAAGAAGACUGUAUCUCAAGAGUUCCUAGAAACAUUAUUACUCGAAACUUUAACGUCAAACGAUAAAUCUGGAGCACUAUCACUAAUACCAACCAUCUUGAAGUUAGAUAUCGAGGUUGCUAUUAAACAUAUUCUCCGUUUACUUAUUUUGAUCCAAUCGGAACAUAUUACUGAUCCUCACUUCUCUUCUCAUAUUUGGGAUUUGAUAAUUCAAUCCCACGCUAAUGCAAGAGAACUAUCGGACUUUUUCGCCAAAAUAAACAAGUACUGUUCCGAAAAAGGCUCAGAUUCCUAUUUUCUAAUUAGUUGUCCUGCAUAUGUUAAGUCAAUAACGAAACAGAUGUUCACGUUAUCUUCUUUGCAAUGGAAAAGUUUAUUGCAAACUUUACUUGACCAAGUCAACUCUGAUUCUACCAACAGGGUUCCGUUGUACCUAAUAGGCAUAUGCUUGGAAGGACUAUCAGAAAGUGCAUCUCACACCAUCCUCACCGAGUUGAAGCCUGUUUUGUCUCAAGUAUUUACUUUGGAAUCAUUUAAUAACAGUCUCCAAUGGGAUUUAAAAUACCAUAUUAUGGAAGUUUACGAUGAUAUUGUUCCUGCAGAAGAACUAGAAAAACUUAAUUACAUAUCAUCUUCUAACCUUUUUGAUAUUACAUCGGGUCAACUUGAAAAGCUGUUCUUUUAUUGCUUCAAAUUAAGAGAAUAUUUUUCGUUUGACCUUCCUAACAUAAUAGAAAAGUUUAUGAAAUACUUUGUAACCCUUGACGACCAGAACAAAUCAAUCCUAUCAUUUUCUAUUGUGUCCAAAUUUGCAACAUUAGUUAACAACAACUUCACAAGAGAACAGAUCUCUACUUUGCUCGAUUCAUUAUUAUCAAACUCAAAAAAUUUGUAUUUGGUAUUGAGUAACGAUGACGUUUUCGAAGAGGCUAAUAUCACAUAUGCUUUGAUAAACAAACUUUCUUGUUCAUACCAUCAAUCUUCUGCUUUAAAUGCUUUGGUUCAAAUUCCUAUCCAAUGUAUCAACAAAAAUAUUAGAGUGUCUCUCAUUAAUAAUAUUACCAGUGAAUCUUUUUGUUUAAGUACUGCUGCUAAAAAAUGUGCUCUUCAUUUGUUGGCAAGCCCGACUUUUAAGACAAAUAUCGAGACAAAUUUCAAUGAGCUGUGUGAGAGAACAAUAGUGACUCCGGAAAGUAUAAUUUCAAGAACAUAUGAUAAAGAAAUGAAAAUGGGAGAUGAAGAAUCUAUUUUUGAGAAAGUUUGGACUAACCAUUUGUCACAGGCAAAGGAGCCUGUGAGUGAAAAAUUCUUGAGAUCUGGUUACCAGAUUAUCAGAAAGGCAAUGUCAUUGCCCAAUUGUGAUACCAAACUGAUUAUUGCCGGUUUCAUUAUCGCAAAAUUUUCAACACUAGAUAACAAGCAGAAAGAUGCACAAGAUAUGACAAUAGAAUAUGCUGUGGACAUUUUGGAAAACUAUUCACAAAACUUUGACUCCAAAUCUAUUCCUUUAGUCAGAAUAUCUAUGUCUGCAUUAUACAAGAUCAUAACGGUAGGCCAAGGUGAUAUUUCCAAGCAUAAAACAAAAAUUUUGGCGCUAUUUUCUAAAAUCAUGCUUCGAUAUCAUUCUGAAAAAAUAUAUCAUAGACCAGAAGAACAGGAAAUGUUUUUGGUUCAUUCACUUCUUGUAGAAGAUAAGUUGGAGUACAUUUUUGCAGAGUAUUUAAACAUCAAUCAUACCGUUCAGUGCGAUUCUGCUCUAGGAUUUUGUUUGGAAAAAAGUCUCAAGAAAGGCCCUGAUGCAUUCAAUCGUCUACUUUGGAACAGUGCCCAAUCUUUUUCUACUAUCAACGAAUCUUAUGGCGAAAAGUUUAUGAGGAUAUUUAUUAUAAUGUCUACAAGGAUCACAAGGGACAACAACCUUGGUCACCAUAUAUUUGUAAUUGCUCUACUCGAAGCCUAUACCAGCUGCGAUAUUGAAAAGUUUGGAUACAAGUCGUACUUGCUACUGUUGAACGCUAUCAAGGAUUUUUUAGUCUCGAAACCCUGGCUUUUCACCCAAUAUUGCAUUGAGAUGCUGCUUCCAUUCUGUUUAAAAAUCGUUAAUCUUUCAAUAAGCUAUGACUUAACCAUCGAAACCAAUAAAGGAUUUGUCAACAUUAUCGAAGUUAUAGAUCAUAUACUAUUAGUUCACAGAUUUAAGUUCUCUAAUCGUCAUCACCUAAUCAACGCCGUGCUUUGUCAGCUAUUAGAAAAACUAGCAACACACGACGGUAUAUUGUCUACACAAUCAGCAGACUCUAUAGCCAGAUUGAUUACAAACUAUUGUGAGCCUUAUGAUGUAUCAAACCCUCAAAAUGGACCAAAAAACAACUUAAACUCAAAGAUAAGCUUAAUAAAACAAUCUAUUAGAAAAAAUGUACUUGUGGUUUUAACCAAAUAUAUUCAAUUGUCUAUUACGACACAGUUCAAUUUAAACAUCAAAAAGAGUUUACAGCCCGGUAUCCACGCUAUUUUUGAUAUAUUAUCUCAAAACGAGUUAAAUCAACUGAAUGCCUUUCUUGAUGCGUCUGGGAAGCAGUAUUUUAAGGCACUUUACGUUCAAUAUAAAAAGACUGGUAAAUGGCGUGAAGAUUAA